AUGACGUCUUGCAGUCUCACUUUCUCUGUCUCAUCUCAUAUCUCCCACUCCAAUCCGACCUCGUUCCAGCAACAACAACUUGCACAUCCUCCACCUCUUACCGCUCCACGUCCUCAGUCCGGCAGUCGACACCGACCCCGACGUCGAUCUCGACAACGCAUGCAGGACCUCGCCUUCCUCGGCCCCAUGGAGCGCUCGCAACCAGGGCCGUCCAAGUACAAUGGCGGCCACCUUCCCCCGGUACCCUACAUCCACCGCGCCGAGGAGGUCCUUGUCGGCCUCGCAACCGCCCGCGCGCAGAGCGACAAGGCGUACGCCUUCGCCAUUGUCGAUGGUUACAUUCGCAGCAAGAAGGCGCGAGGACAGGUGCCGUCGUACAUCGCAUCCAAGAUUGAGCUCCUCGAGGCUAGGCGGCCCGUAAGCGCCAUCGCGGGUACGGCGGGUGGUCCCGGCGGCCCGAGUAUGCCAGGCGGCAUGCCGAGCGUGACGCAGAUGGCGGCAAUGGAUCGCCGUCCGCCCGUCAACAGACAGCCCGUGCGACAGCAGACGCAAGAGGACGAAGCGCCGCCGCCGCCAUACUCUGCCGAGGAUCCCGAGCCCGAGGCGACACGUGCGCUGCAGGAAUCCCUUGCCGCGGCAGCGGAGCAGCAAGGUAGCGACUUCACACCAGAGCCGUCCCAUCGUCGUGCGAACUCAACAUCAGCGAGCAUGGUCACGGCACAGACGAGUUUAAGCACGAGUUCAAGGCGUACAAGCGGGGAUCGACCGAGACCGAGCGAGUUCCCGGGUUCCCCAGCGGCCAGGGCUGGCAACGCAACAUCGAAUGGCCCGAGUGCCGUCAGUUCGCCGUCCAUUGCGCCAAGUAAUCCGACACCCGCCGCCGAUGCGCCGCCAGUCGACACAUCGAACAUGAACGAGGAGGAGAGGAGGGCAGUCGAGGAGAGCCAGCUGGAGGAGGCUAUGCGUGCCUCUCGGCAGGCCGAGAAGGAGCGGCUCGAGUAUGAGGCCGCCGUGCAGGCGUCGCUGGCGCAAGCCGAGGAGGACGCACUGCGGCGCGCUUUGGCUUAUCCAGCGGGACCGCGAGCCGCGCAGUGGCCGGUCGUCGAAGCGCUCAUCACUGCACGCGCCGAGUGUGAGCAGCGUCUCGUCCGGCGCGACAGUCCGCCGCACCGGAAGUUCAACACGAACAAGCCUCUCCCGAAUCCGAACCCGUCCGCCUUACCGCCCGUACAGGAGCCAGCGAACGAGAGUCUGAUGGACAUGCUGGCCUCCAUCGACUUCAACGCACCAGAGAUUAAGCCCAUCCAGCCGACGCUAGCACCACAAGGAACCGGUGGUACGGGCGGGAGCCGGGGAAGCUUCUCCGGCGCCUCUGAGGCUAGUAUCGAGGCCACGGUGGCCAGUCCGCAGAGCAGCUCCAACGGGAGCUGGGUAUCCGGUGGUACUGCGACUGCGACUAACAGUGCUGCGCCGUCGCUGGGCACCACGCCGACCCAGCCGACAUACAUUCACCACGCGGAGCCGCGGUUGAAGAGCAAGAACCCUUUCCUAGCGCCGGAAGAGCAGGAUCCGCCCGCCGUGACGGUGGCAGGUCCCCCGCGUCCCACGCGCUCGCCUCCGCCGCCUCCGCCGAGGAGCGACACAAACGAGACUGCGCGCCCCGAGUCGUACGACCACCAUAACCACUCGCAGUACCUCGACCCGUCGUCGGCAGAGUAUGACCACUCGGGCGGCAGCAGCCCGCAGUACUCGCCCAACUGGCGCGGCGACGCACACGGUCUCACGAUCAACACGUCCCCGCGGUCCGGCACAGCGCCGAGCCUCAGCAGCGCCGGCGCAACAGUCGCCGGCCUCACGCCGAGCACGGGCUCCCACUCGCCGAGCGGGUUCCCGUUCCCCGUCGCUGUGCCCAGUGGCCUGCCGCCGAGUCCGAGGCCAACUUCGGAGAUCUCGCCUGCGCGCAACUUGCCCCCGAUUCCUCAGUCCCGCUCUGCCGAGAAUCUGCCACAAGGUCCCCCGCCGCCGGUUCCGCCACGCUCGAAUCUGAGCCACACGCCGUCGGCGUCCUACUCCUCUCAGCACUCGCAGCCUCUCCCCCAGCCUCCGACGCAGAACAACCACUCCGCGGCGGCCGCCGCCGGUGCCCUGGAGCUGUUACGAGCAUACGACACCGUCUUCCUCGUCGACGACUCUGGUGCGCUCCGGGACGAAAACUGGGAAGCGGCCGCUCACCUGCUCUGCAAUCUCGUUGAGAUGGCGCCAGAAGGUCUGGACGUGUACUUCCUUAACUCGAAGCGGAUCGGGAAGGCGCUGAAAGAGCGUAUCGACGUCGAGGAGCUCUUCGCCGGCCUUGUGCCCCGCGAGGGGAAGCAAAUGGGAGUCAGGCUCGAAGGCGUGCUGACCGAGUACAUUGACAGACUGGAGCGCGAGGGCGGGAUGAGGAAGCUGAAUCUGAUUUUGGUGACUGAUGGAGGCUUCGCGAAACCGGUCCUGUCCCGCGCAAAACAUGCCCGUGGCAUUGCCGAUCUCCGUCAUGAGCUCUUAUCAAGUGCCGGGCCCGAGGACGCCGAGGCCGUGCUCGUGUCGGCGGGCAAGCGGCUCGACCGCGCCGGAUUCCCAGGCGACCAGGUGGGCGUGCAGUUCGUGCAGCUCGGCGACGAUAAUGACGCGCGCAAGGCGCUGCAGGAACUCGACUCGCUGGCUUCCGUCCACUCCGUCCGCGAUAUGGUGGAUACGGUCCGAUACCGUCCCGACUCUUCAGCAAUUGGGCCAGAGUUGGCGGCCAAGGUGCUCCUUGGCGGGAUCCACCGGGGUGUAGACGCUAUGGCUUAA